AUGAUAUACUUUAGACUUAGAUGGUUUAUUGAAUCACGUCCUCUUCUUCCACAAACGCAGUCAGGCUUCCGACCAACCAGGUCUUGCAUAGAUAACCUCGUGACUCUCACCUCUAAUAUCAGAACAGGCUUUAUUAGGAGAUCUCCUACCGUAGCAGUAUUUCUCGAUAUUGCGGGAGCUUUCGACAAUGUUAUACCUCACAUUCUAAUUAGGGACUUGUAUGAAAUUGGCAUUCCCGCCUCUAUUAGAAAAUUCAUUGAAAAUUUCAUCUCUAUGAGACGUCUGCAUUUCGUGGUAGACGGUUCUCUCUUAGGACCGUUUAAUUCUUAUAAGGGCACACCUCAGGGCUCCACACUCAGUCCUGCGCUUUUUAAUAUCUACCUUAAAGAUAUCAACGAUCACAUUCAUUCAGAUUCUCGUAUUUUACAAUACGCUGACGAUGUUGUCAUAUAUUCCACCUUAAGAAACAUUGACUCAGCUAUCUCAUCCGUGCAAAAAUCGAUUGAUAACAUUUAUACAUAUUUAAGAUACAGAGGUCUCGAACUGUCACCGUCUAAAUCGAGAUAUAUGAUAUUUUCUCGCAUCAAAAGUUGCUCAGAGGAUCCUAAUAUUCAAAUCUCUAACACACAUAUCCCCAGAGCUUACACACAUAAAUUCCUGGGGGUUGUCUUAGAUGACAAGCUGUCGGGUAUUCCACAGCUAAAGGCCCUCAUAGAGAGAGGUAAGAAUAUUGCUAAUAUAAUUUCUUCUUUGGCCGGAGUCAAAUGGGGUUCACAUCCCGACGUGCUGCUUACGGUAUACAGGGCAACUCUUAAAAGUGCUAUCGAAUAUGGAGCUCAGAUCUUUACAUGGAACCCGGAGUCUGAAAACUUUGUUAAACUUCUCAGAAUUCAGUAUAAGGCUAUUAGAAAGGCUAUGGGAUAUCGGAUUUCCACCCCCAUUAAUGCCAUGCUGAGCGAGGCAAGGGAACCUCCUCUACACUUAAGAUUUUCCUAUAUCACAUCCAAAUAUAUAUACAAAGCUAUGGCUAACAAAUUUAGUACAUCAUAUGAAGCCCUUAAAGAACUGGAACUUACAGCCAUCCAAAAAAACCAGAAAUUGAAGACCAUCAAAAGUUCUAAUCUAUUCAAGUCUUAUAUUACACAUCUUCCAGACAAGAAAAUUACACAUCGCACCACAUACCCUCCAGCCUUCUGGCACGAAUUUGAAGUCAUGGCCAAACCUAUCACUUAUAUCGGCAACAUGCUUCUCUUUCAUUCAAAGGACGAUCCCCACGCUACGGCUGCCAUUUUUUACGAGAUUUCACUAGAAUACAGAAUAGAUGCCAUUUCUAUUUACACAGACGGUUCCAAGGAACCUGACAGUGCUGUCGGAGCUGGAGUAUACUCUCCCGAUCUGAAUAUCAGCAUUAAACACAAGCUACCAAGCGAAACCUCUAUUUUCUCAGCGGAGCUUUGGGCUCUUUACCAAGCCGUCCUCCUCGCCAGAGAUUGUGGAAGCAACAAAGUUGUCAUUUUUUCAGACUCCAAGAGUGCGCUGGAUGCAGUCAGCAAUCAUCACUACAUACAGAACAACUACAUUGUCUACUACAUCAAGCAAAACAUUCUUCUGGCCAUGCAGCAGGGAAUCACAAUCACCCUUUUCUGGAUCCCAUCUCACGUGGGUAUUCCGGGAAAUGAAAAAGCGGACGAAACAGCCAAAUCUGCCUCUCUAACGGGACUCUCCACAGCCUUCAGGAUUCCAUAUGAAGACCUAUACACUGUAUCUAAGGAACGAUUGCAUUGUAGAUUUACUGAAUAUCUUAAUUCAUCUGCUAGAUAUAAAGGCGCUCUCAAUCAUGAAUACUUCCCUAGAACUUCCUCCAAACCUUGGUUCAAUGAUCUAUCUUGGAGUAGAAAUGAGAUUGUUAUGAUCAACCGACUCAGAUCUAACCACUAUAAUCUCAAUAGCAGCCUACACAGAGUGAAUAUAGUGGAAUCUCCUGCUUGCCCCUGUGGGAAUAAUAAUCAAGAUAUCAAUCACGGGCAAGCAGGAGAUUCUACUAUGUUCACUCUGUGUAAGCUGCUAUUGAGAUUAUAG